AUGUUCUUGGACGAUCUGAAAACAGCAAGAAAAGUGAGCUUGGCUAUACUGCUCGUCACAAUUCAACUUAUUGUGAUUUCUGCAUUUGGAGCGAGAUGGACAUCGGGAUCGUUCGAGGUGAUAGUAACUGGACAUGGUUUUGUUGUUGGAACAUCCCCUCCAUACUCUACUCUUAUUCCAUAUCCAUCGAACGCUGAUUGGUGGUAUGGGUUAACAGCAGUUGUCAUGUAUCUAGUUCUUAUUAUCUGCUUCUUGUAUGUUUUAUGGACCAUUGCACAAAUCGCUCUACCUGACAGAAUUCCAUUAGACUUGAAAAUGAUCGUGUUUGUUGAUGUGGUAUUCUCAGCUAUUCUAACCGUGAUGCUGCUAGUUGCCUAUUGUUUCUUUGCCGGUGGAUUCGGAGGAAAGACGUACCUUCCCACUUUGGGUUUCGGUUACUGCUUCUGGUUGGCCAUUACCUCUUCUCUUGCCUCUUUUGCAGUUGUGAUUAUUUCUGGAUUGAGUUGGUACCGAAACAAUUAG